CCCCUUUCCUCCAGGUUCUACCCACAAACGGGACACAGCAAAACCGACCGCAUCUAGGGCCUUUUUCCAAGCCAACACCAAACCGCCAACAUGUACAUUCUAGGAAACUUCCUCUACAUCGCCGUCCUCCUUAUCAACGCAAUCGCAGUCCUCUCCGAAGAUCGCUUCCUCGCGCGCAUCAACUUAUCUCCCUCCUCGUACGACCCAACUUUCGGCUCAAGCAACGAUGCAAGCGUAAAGGCGAAAAUCAUCAACCUGAUCGCCAGCGUACGGACACUUAUGAGAAUACCCUUGAUCGGGAUCAACACCAUCAUCAUCAUGUACGAACUGAUCCUCGGGUAAGGCGUCGGGGUCACAGAGAAGAGGAGAAGCGAAAAGAGACACAAAAUGAAGGGACUUUGCAUGACAUACAUAGAUGGCUUGAUUCUUCCAAUUUCGCAGCAUGGCAUCAUGGUAACGAACCGGCGUUGAAGGUUGAAGAGCGGAAGGGGUUUUUCUGGGCACGUGUUACCUUAUCUGAAAACUUCCCCGGGCAACAUUACAAUCUUGGGCGAGUGUAAUAUCACAAUCAGGUGAUGAGCAUGGCUUGCAUUGUUUUGAACCGAGUAUUGGACCUCGAGACCCUUUCUGCCCUUGCGUGCUCUGUACUGUCUUUUUUGUUGAUCACACCUUGCGCUAUCAUACAGCCCGAUGCGGUGCCAGGAGAAAGUAACUAACGCUCAAGA